AUGAUAACUACUAAUUACAUAGAAGAGGCAGAGAUUGUAAUAGUUGGAGGUGGAAUCGGUGGACUUGCAACUGCUCUUGCACUUCAUAAGAAGGGACUUGAGAGUGUGAUCAACUUGGUCGGUGCUCAGCUUAGACCAAGAGCUGUUCCUUUCACAGCGUUGCGAAACAUUUCACUCAAUAAUGACAAACAAGAAGAGAUACCAUUAAGAGAAGAAGCUCGAUGCUUGAAAAGGAAUGAUCUUGUACAGGUCUUAGCUGAUAGUUUACCUCCUAAUACAGUUCGUUUUGGGUGUCACAUACUGGCUGUAAAGUUGGAUCCCCUAACUUCUCAACCUAUUCUUCAGCUACAAGAUGGAAAUACCAUUAAGGCAAAGGUUGUGAUUGGAUGCGAUGGAGUACAUUCAGUUGUCUCUGAGUUGAUCGGAUUGAAACCUGCAAAGAGUUUCUCUACAUGUGGAGUUAGAGGUUUCACAAGUUAUCCAUCUGGUCAUGGAUUGAGCAAUGAAUUUAUUCGAAUAAGGAAAGACAAUCGUCUCUUUGGUAGAAUGCCGGUUGAUGACAAUCUCCUGUAUUGGUUUGUAGCCCGUCCAUGGACAUCUUCUGAUGAAGGAGUUUCCAGUGAACCCAAACUCAUCAAAGAAUCGACCAUCGAGUCCAUCACUGGUUUCCCAGCAGAACUUAUAGAAAUCGUAAAGAAAUGUGAUCUUGAUUCAUUGACUCUUACAAGAAUAAGAUACCGGACACCAUGGGACAUACUGUUAGGAAAUUUUCGGAAAGGGACAGUUAUUGUAGCAGGUGAUGCCAUGCAUGUUAUGGGUCCUUUCUUAGGCCAGGGUGGCUCUGCUGCUUUAGAAGAUGCUGUUGUCUUAGCAAGAAAUUUGGCUCAAGCAAUGAGCAUGAAGGGUUCAAAAAGAAUGGACGAAAAAAAUUAUGCAGGUAAAGAUUGAAGAAGCAAUGGACCGUUACGUGAAAGAACGUAGAAUGAGGCUGUUUAUGUUGUCUUCACAGGCUUAUCUCAUCGGAAUGUUGUUAGAAACCUCUGGCCGAUUGACAAAGUUGGUGAUGGUUAUUGCCCUAGUUGUUUUCUUCAUCAAUUGCCCAUACUAAAUACAACUGUGGUCAUCUCUAAAUUCAAAUGUCUUUAUAAAGUUGUCUUGUUUAUUUCCUCUCGUUGCCAUUUGUAAAUGUUCCAUUUUUUUACCAGAAAAAUAAAGGGAGCAACAUUUGAAUA